AUGGAAGUAGCAGCAGAGGCGAAAGUUCACGCAUGGCAUUUGAUAGUGAAGUGCUCCAUUGGGACGGGGAUCGUGUCGGAGUUCAGCAGGCUCCAGCUGCUGUUCCCCAGAGAGACGCUGAUGUUGACCAGCCUGGUGUCUGCCGUGCACGAGGCGCUGCGCCGCCUGCAGGCUGAGGCCGUGGGUCCGCGCUGCCUGCUGGCUGCCAGCUCGCCCGUCGACGUGCUGGUGAUGGAGGACCUGCUGGCGCAGUGGCACGCCGCCUCCUGCACGCUGGAUCUGGACCGCCCAGACUCCGGCGCCGACCACCUGCUGAGGCGAGACCCCAUCUGGCAACCGCCUGUCGCCAGCCUGCUGCAGCCGUACCACAGAAAGCAGUUCCGCAGCAUCGGGGUCGCGCUCGGGAACUUCCCUGACUGUUACAAGUAUUCGGAGAAAUACACGACAGACUCCGUGGAAUGGGUGGACAAAAUCGUGCAUGCAGUCACUCGAAGUUGUGCUCAGAGCGAUUUCAAAGUUCUUGUACAUGCCGAUGUAUGGAAUAAGAAUAUAAUGGUUAAGUACCGUGAUGGAAAGCCUGCCGACUUACGGUUUGUCGACUUCCAGGUGUCGCACCUAGCGAGCCCCGCACGCGACCUGGUGUUCUUCCUGUAUGGCAACGCCAGCGAGCAGGUGCACCGCCACCACCUGUCCGACCUGCUGCUGGAGUACCACUGCGCCCUGAGCGCCGCCCUGCGGGCGCUGGGGCUGCGGCGCCACGCGGACGCCUACCCCCUCCACAAGCUGCUCGCCGACAUGGACAGCCUCGCCAUGCUGGCCCUGUACUGCGUCUGCUACGCUCCUCUCUCCACUGCCACCGACCAGCGCGGCGUCGCCAUAAUGGACGGUCCAGGCGUCGCUGCCGACUACAGCGAGGCUCUCGUUAGGCUUUACAGCGACCCCACUCUCAUAUCCUACUGGAGGUUCAUCAACCCCAUUCUUGAGAGUAAGGGAGCACUAUAA